CCUGGGCUCCCGGUUCCCGGACUCUCCGCAGCUGCCUGCCGCGCAGUAGCAGCGACCCGCCAACACUCCCCAACCGGCUGGGACACGGAUCAAACUACCGGGAGAAUACUUCACCAGCAGGCGGGUCGCAAGAGUCGUUGUUUUGGACAGCUUAAACUCGCUUGAAUGGAAGCGGACGGGUUCAUGUCCCGGCGAUCGUCCGUGGAGACACCGGGCGUCGACAGCCGGGUUACAAGCGCUGCAGCCGGGGCAGAGUUUCAAUGGAUGGGCGGCAGGCUUUUGAAUGCCACGGGCGGAUUCGUCGGGUCUUUUUCGACGAGGAUGGCAGGGGAAAAGGACUUUGCCCCGAUGCUGCACCGAGCAGCUCCGGAGCCCUCGACCUCCGUCGAGCCAGAAAUAGACUAUGAAGGGCUGCCUCAGGGAGCAGCCACCAGCACACACAUGUUGGCAGGAUCCGUGGCUGGAAUCAUGGAGCACUGCCUUAUGUACCCCAUCGACUGUGUCAAGACUCGCAUGCAGAGCCUACACCCCGAGCCAGGAGCACGCUACAGGAACGUCAUGGACGCCCUGCGGCAGAUUGUGCGGACAGAGGGUGUGUGGCGGCCAAUCAGAGGCGUGAAUGUGCUGGCGGUGGGGGCGGGUCCUGCCCACGCUCUGUACUUUGCCUGCUACGAAAAGAUCAAGUUCUCGCUCAGUGAUGCCAUUCAUCCUGGAGCCAACAGCCACUUUGCAAACGGAGUGGCGGGCUGCAUGGCUACAGUGCUGCAUGACGCCAUCAUGAACCCAGCCGAAGUUGUGAAACAGCGAAUGCAGAUGUUCAACUCUCCUUACCGCGGCACGCUCGACUGUGUGGGCUCAUUGCUGAGGCACGACGGCCCGGCUGCUUUCUACCGCAGCUACACCACCCAGCUGACCAUGAACGUGCCCUUCCAGGCGCUCCACUUCAUGACAUACGAGUACCUCCAGGAGCUCCUCAACCCCCACAGACAAUACAACCCUUCCUCCCACGUCGUGUCGGGCGCGCUGGCCGGUGCCCUGGCCGCCGCUGCCACCACUCCCCUCGACGUGUGCAAGACUCUCCUGAACACGCAGGAGGCUCAGGCCAUACACGUGAUCCAGGCUGAUGCAGCGACGGCAGCCGGAGCGGUCGGAGCAGCCACCGGCCCCGGCAGCCGCCACAUCUCCGGUCUCGGUGAAGCGUUUCGGACUGUGUAUAGAAUGGGCGGCAUGCCGGCCUUCUUCAAAGGCGUCCAAGCCCGAAUCAUCUACCAGAUGCCCUCCACGGCCAUCAGCUGGUCCGUCUACGAGUUCUUCAAAUACAUCAUCACCAAGCGGCAGCAUGAGAGGCGGCUGCGCGCAGACCGUGACGGCGACAAAUAAAGACCUGGCUGUAGGGCUGGGUAUCUGCAACACAAAGGUUUAACGAUCACGGUUAUCGGUAUUGAUCACUAAAUCUGAAGGUUGACGAGCUCCGGAGUCUUAGAUUCUUUUGAGCAAAAAGUCAACGUUCGUUUCGUUUACUGAGAUCUAUUGACGGUCUGAUCUAUUUCAUAGCAGGCGAGGCUGCAUACAACUGUUAGGAGGAAGCUCGUCUGGAAUAUAUUAUUAGAUGUGGGGUUGACAAAUGUAAAUCAAUACACAUCGGUAAGAAAAGGGCUUUGAAAAGGCUGACAGAAAGUCCUGAUUCCCUAAAAUCAUCCCAUUAAACUCUGAUGCUUUAAAUCAUUUUCAUUCUAGUGUUCGACAAUUUGACAAACUCCCUGUAUUGGCUUUCAAAAAGCUAAAUAUUCAUGGAGGGUAACUGACUGUAAAAGCAAAGUUGAAUUUGGCCAUUUGAAGAAACAAAUCCUCACCUCCCCUCAACCACCUCCAGGGCAGUUUGUUAGCCUUUAGACACUUUUGUUUUGGCCCUGAACUCAAGUACUUUGGAUUAAAAAGAAACAUGACUGUGAGGUUAAAGUGCUGACUUUGAGCUUUAAUUUGAGAGUGUUUACAUUCACCUCCAACGAUCUGUGUAGAAGUUAUAGCAUUUUUAUACAUACCCCCCUAAAAGGAUAAAAAGGGCUAGAAAUCCUACACUGAUGGGAAAGUUAGCACUUUAACUUCAGAGUUAGAAUCUAGUGUGUUUGAGCAGAGCCAAAACAAAAGUUAUUCCAUAUCCAAGAACUUAAAGACUGAAUCAAUAGAACGGGUUAACAGCCCACUCUUCACCACACAUGUUGCACUUCUGGAAAGUAUUACCACCAUAUUACCUUCUGACCACUGGAGGGCGCACAGCUCAAAGGCUUAACAAUGAAGAAACAACUGGAGGUUACAGAAUCAUCUGUAACAAAAUAGUUUGAAUAUGUGUGCUUUACGUAAAGGAAGGAAUACAAUUUAUUUUAUAUGAAAUUCCAUGAAGUUAUGCAGAUUCAUCUGUCAUGUGGGCGACACACAGCCUGUAAUUUAUUCAUAUUUUCAGAUAGUCAGACUUAGUUUUGGAUUAGAAGAUACUCAAGUAUUCACCGCUUGAGUGGAACGGCUGUAUAAGUGUGUGUGUUUGCGUGUGUGUGUGUGUUACAGUGACUGGAUGAGUGGGAGUGGAAUGGACUGGAUCAGUUUCCUAGAACCAGAUUGGAUCUCAACAUAGCCUAACUGAGUGAUCCACUUUGUAUUGUCCUUCAAAGGAAAGGUGGGUCACUAUAUGAAGCUUUUUUUCUGGUUAGCAUCACAGACCACUGUAACGUUUCUUUGCAAGACAGUAUGAAAGAGGUUAUUGCAUUAACACUUUCAUGUUGUCACUUCAGUAUUAUUUGCACCGGGUGCUUUCAAAUCCACGCACAUUGGAAGGAUUGUUUCUGGGUGGAGCCUCUUAGAGUGUCGUACACAUUACUGAGAGGCCUGUAGACUCAUGUUGGUACAUUUUCAUUGGGUUUUUGUUCUAAAACAACAUGGAAGUGUUCAUUAAGGAUCUUUUUUAAUGCUUAUGUAAAGUAUAGGAACAAGAAUUACAGACUGAACAAACUAGCAUGAGUGUCCACCUCAGACAAUCACUUUUAUGUUUAAUUUAGUUUUGUUUUUUGAAUACGCACAGCAUCCUAGCACUUAAUUGCAACUUCUUUAUCAACGUUAGAAGAAAAACAAGUACUCUGACUAAAGUUCCAUUACUUGUACACAUGCCUUCAGUUAGCCGCCAUACAUCCAGCGCACAACUAUUACAAAGAGAUCCUCGGAUAGAGAUGUAUUUUGGGUUUUGAAGCCAUAAGAGGAUUAAAUUGUACAUAAAA